GCGACUGUAGUUCAACGGUUUGUUUGUGUAGCGGUGGUUUGUGUUACAAAAUCCGUGUGUUUAGGCGUGUUGGUGUUGUGGAAGUUACUGUGUUUUAUCUGUUUGUGGACAUUUUUUAUGUUUCCAUCAGAUAUCAAGAGGAUUACGGUAUUACACGAAGCUAGACAUGAAGAAAUCUCAUAAGGAAUCGGUGACACCUGAAACACUGCCGCGGAAAACCUUAAGGCCUCGCAAAGUUAGAUUUGACCUGCCUGUGAAGGAGAAAAAAGUUUCACCAUCUCAGGAUAAAUUGAAGGAGUCUAGCUCUCGUCAGAAGAAAGUGAAAUCCUCCCCAUCUUCUCCAACAGUUAAAGGGUCAUCUGUGGCAAACAGGACAAGAAAAAGAAAGCGGUCUGUGGCACCUUCCUCCCGUCUGCAGAAAGAACCAGAAUGCAACCUUGUUAAGGGUGAUUUGCCAGCUGGACAGACAGAAACUGCGUGUUCAACACCUGCACCAGUGCUUUCGGACACAAUAGAGGAGCCCGAAGAGUGUCCUCCGAAGAGACGAACACUACAUUCUCUCUUAAGUGUGGAACAAGAGAUAGUUCAAAUAUUGGCAGAAAUGCAAAUGAAGAGAUCUGGUUGUACUUUUGGAACUAAUGAUGAAGAAACCAAAAGAAACGUUACAAACGACACACAAACUGAAGAUAAUAGAUCUGGUGUCAAUGAUGAAGUUAUCGGGGAAAAUGCUAUAAACCAUGAACAAACUGAACAUAAUGGCACUGUUCCAGUUGCUGUUGAUGUCAUUAAUGCUAGUACUGAAACUAACCAGGAUAAACCUCUCACCCCAAAUCACCCUGAAGAUGAUGCCACUGUUCCAGUAGCACUUGAUGCUGCUAGUGCUAUUAUUGAAAACAACCUGGAGGAAACUCUCAUCCCAGAUCACCUUGAAGAUGAUGGCAAUGGUCCAGUAAUCACUGAUGUCACUAGUGGUAAUAUCGAAGACAGCCUAGAAGAAGCUAUAACGUCAGAUGACGUCAGAGAUGAUGCUGCUGGUUGCCCGGAAAACACUGAUCCUGCUGCUGACAUUGAUAUAAAAGAAAAUAUUGAUGCAGUUGUGGCCACUGAUCAAGUUAAUGAUGAGGAUGCUGGUUGCCCGGAAAACACUGAUCCUGCUGCUGACAUUGAUAUAAAAGAAAAUAUUGAUGCAGUUGUGGCCACUGAUCAAGUUAAUGAUGAGGAUGCUGGUUGCCCGGAAAACACUGAUCCUGCUGCUGACAUUGAUAUAAAAGAAAAUAUUGAUGCAGUUGUGGCCACUGAUCAAGUUAAUGAUGAGGACUCUGAUUGCCCAGUAAACAUUGAUGCUGCUGCUGACAUUGAUACAAAAGGAAAUAUUAAAGCAGUUAUGGCCACUGAUAAAGUUAAUGUUGAGGUCUCUGUCAGCAUUUCCGUUGGACAUGAAAAGUGUACUAUGAAGCAAGAGAAAAAAGAUGGUUUUAAUGGGGAUGUAGAGGAAAGGCACCCCAGUAACCCAACACCUGAUGAUAUCCGCAAUGGUAGCACUGAAGAAGAUUCAGAUGAGCUUGAAGUUAUAUAUGAAAGAAAAAAACAUAUGUCCACAUCUCCUGUUGUAAAAUAUCAAAAAAGUGCAGUUCAGCCAGGGGAGGCAAGUCACUUUAGUGUGGACAUAAAAGUUGCGCAUCCCCGUAACCCAACACCUGAUGAUAUCCGCAAUAGUGCUACUGAAGGAGAUUCAGACGAGGUGCAAGUUAUAUACGAAAGGAAAAAACAUGUGUCCACCUCUCCUGUUGUAAAAUGUAAAAAAAGUGCAGUUCUGCAAGAGGAGGCAGGUCAUUUUAGUGUGGGCGUAAAAGUUGCGGAAUCGGUGAAUGCAUUACAGUGUGGGGAACCUGGUCAACAAGAGGAAGAAAGGAGCUUUAAUGUGGAUACAGGUGUCUCGGUCUCCAAUAUUCCACCUGGCGCAAAUGCUGCUAAACACAACAAUAUUUUAGACACUGAAAAAUCUGAUGGAGCAAACAUUGAAUAUGUUUGUCCUAUGUGUGUCUUGGCUGCAUCCCACACCACUGAUGAUAAGCAAAAGAGUGCAGGCUAUUUGAAAGCAAUUACAGACAGUUCGAAAUCUGGUUGUCCAGCUGUAGUUAGUGCUUCAAGCAGUGUUACUGAAGGAGAUCAGUGGGUAACUGCUGCUCUCGACAAUGUGCAGGGGCAGAGCUCUGGUUGUCCAACUGCUGUUAUUGUUUCAAACAAUGAUACUGAAAGAAACCAGUGGGUGAAUGCUGCUAUCAACAAUGUGCAGGAGCAAAUAUCUGGUUGUCCAACCACAGUUAGUGCUUCAAAUAAUGUUACUGAAGGAAACCAAGAGAUAUCUGAUGAUGUAGACAUUGUGAAGAAUGAAAACUCUGAUUGUCCAGCUGUAGUUAGUGCUUCAGAUACUGAUACUGAAGGAAACCAAGGGGUAACUGCUGUUAUAGACAGUGUGAAGGACGAUGAAUCUGAGACUGCCUUUGUGAAAGAAGAAACAAUAGUAGACUACACAGUAGAUCCAGAUGACUCGGGGCAUGCAUCUCCUGUACGGCAUUGUGAAAUAUCUGCAGUCGAAGAGAAGGAAGAAGAUAGUAUUGAUACUGAGGAACAUGAUUUGACUUCUGAUUACACAACUGAAAUUUACAGUUUUAAAAGAGAUAUUAACACAAGCCCUGAAGAAGCUUCCUUGUCUCACUUGUCUCAUGAAGCUGAAGACAACCUUGCACUUUCAUAUUCUUGGUUUGGAUGGGAAAGACAAGAGUCUGAAGCAGAUAUUAAUGAGGUUACUGAUGACUGGGAAACUGAUUGUCCACCAGAAAUACGGAACCCAGAUGCUACCAUUGAGAGAGAUCUGCAAGAAACUGUAAUUUCAGAUGAAUACAUUGAUUCAGUUCUUCAGACAAGAGUACUGGACAGUCCUCAACCUUCAAAGGAAGACAAUAGUGCUGAGUCAGUUCUUCUGACAAGACUACCGGAUAGCCCUCAAGCUUCAAAGGAAGACGGUAGUGCUGAGCCAGUUCUUGAGACAAGAGUACCGGAUAGCCCUCAACCUUCAAAGGAAAACAGUAGUACUGAGCCAGUUCUUGAGACCAGAUUACUAGAUAGCCCUCAACCUUCAAAGGAAGACAGUAGUACGGAGCCAGUUCUUGAGACAAGAUUACUGGAUAGCCCUCAACCUUCAAAGGAAGACAGUAGUACUGAGCCAGUUCUUGCGACCAGAUUACCAGAUAGCCCUCAACCUUCAAAGGAAGACAGUAGUACUGAGCCAGUUCUUGAGACCAGAUUACCAGAUAGCCCUCAACCUUCAAAGGAAGACAGUAGUACUGAGCCAGUUCUUGCGACCAGAUUACCAGAUAGCCCUCAACCUUCAAAGGAAGACAGUAGUACUGAGCCAGUUCUUGAGACCAGAUUACCAGAUAGCCCUCAACCUUCAAAGGAAGACAGUAGUACUGAGCCAGUUCUUGAGACCAGAUUACCAGAUAGCCCUCAACCUUCAAAGGAAGACAGUAGUACUGAGCCAGUUCUUGCGACCAGAUUACCAGAUAGCCCUCAACCUUCAAAGGAAGACAGUAGUACUGAGCCAGUUCUUGAGACCAGAUUACCAGAUAGCCCUCAACCUUCAAAGGAAGACAGUAGUACUGAGCCAGUUCUUGAGACCAGAUUACCAGAUAGCCCUCAACCUUCAAAGGAAGACAGUAGUACCGAGUCAGUUCUUGUGACAAGACUACCGGAUAGCCCUCAACCUUCACAGGAAGACAGUAAUGCUGUGUCAGUUCCUCAGACAAGAGUAUUGGGCAGCCCUUUACCUCAAGACAGAGCUAAUAACGAUUCAGAUCUCUGCGUAGGAAAUCAGAUAAGUUCUCCAGUUUCAGCUGAAGAUAACAAUGUUGAAUGUGGUCUUCAGUCAAGAAUAGAUGACAGCCCUCCAGCUGCAAAGGAAAAUAACACAGUUGUUGUCGAAUCGAGUCUUCAAACAGGAAAACUGAGAAGCUCUGUAGUUACAAAAGACGAUAACAAUGUUGAAUCUGGACUUUCUAUGCAAAAACUGGAAAGACCUGUAGUUUCAAGACAAGGUAGUGUUCUCCCUUGCUGUGUUCCUGAAAGCUGGAACCCAAAUAGAAUCCUUGUAGUAAAGCUGAGAAAAACUGAAGUGACUGAUUACUAUAAAGGAAGUGAAUCUCACGUGAGGGACAGAAAGUCAAGUAACAUAAGGAAUAUGGCAAAAAAAGAUCAACUGCAGGUUGACAGCUGUAUUGUGACACUGUCAGAAGACUACAGAAAUCAUAUUCCAGGAAAUGCAAAUCAAGGUCACCGUAACAGGUCAGGGAGCCUUGAAAAUAUCACAGAAGGUUCCAACCAAGAGGAUAACAUUUCCUCAAAGAACUGUGAAAAAGUAGGAGGAGAUCCUGCUUGUAAUUAUAAUUGCAAUUCCUGCUCAGGUGUUUUCUCAUCAAAAUACAGUCUUAUCAAACAUGUAUUUACCCAUACUGGUUUGGAUGCUCCUGUACACAUUUGUAAAUUUUGUGGGAUAGUUUUUAAUUCAGAUGUUGAAUUGCAGAGACACAGUGAAAGGAGUUGUUGUAGAAUAUUGCACAAAGAACCCUGUCAUUUUAGUCAUAAGACUCAAGAAGGGAACUGUAAAACUGAUAUUAAUAGUUUCUUGGCAAAAAAUGAAAGUGCAGAUGGUGAAUUUACUUGCAGUUCUUGUGAGAAAGUUUUUCCAUCAAAAUAUUGUCUCAUAAGACAUGUAUUUACUCAUAUGGAUGGUGUACAGGCACCUUCACAUAUUUGUAAAUUGUGUGGAAAGAUUUUAAGUGCAGCUUUUAGCUUGAGAAGGCACUAUAAGUAUGGUUGUAAGAAGUCAUAUCGUGAAGAAUCAUGGAAUGGUGAUAAUCAGUUGCAAGAAGAUACACAUUAUGAUCACAGGAACUUGCAGGAGAAUGAAGUGGUCAAGGAAGAAGUGGCACAAGUUAAACAUGCUCCCAACACCAACAAUAAAGAGUUAUCAUCAAAAGAUGUCUAUGAUCACGUUGAUGGCGAAGAAACGUACUCAUACAUCUGCAGUGUGUGUGGUGGAACGUUUAGUACGGCAUCAAGACUGAAAAAACAUUUUUUGAAACUUUGUAGCAGAAUAGAUGAUUCCAUACAGUACCUUAAUGGAAUACAAAGGAGGACAAAAGAAAAGAAAAUGAGUAAUUGCUCAGAUAAGUCUGACAGAACUACAGGAGAAACUGCUCAUUCUGAAUUCAAAUGUAGUUCAUGUCCAAAUGUCUUGUUAUCAAAAGAUAGUCUUACGAAACAUGAAUUUACUCAUAUAGAUACUACAUAUGCCCCUUCAUACAACUGUAAACAGUGUGGCAGGGUUUUCAAUACAGAAUUUCACUUGGAAAUGCACGUGAGCAGAAAGGAACAGUGCACAGCUGUAGAACAGAGAGACGGUGUUGUUGACCUUGACCUUUCUGACAAGAAAAGGUUUUUGCCUCAGAUUCAUAAUGUGUCACAACAGGAGUUGGCCGUAUCUAUUAGUGCUGCACAGUCAUCAAAUUCCAAACUUAAGAAUAUACGUGUGACAUACAAAUGGUCAGUUAGGAGUGGACGUAAGGUGAAAAUGUAUCUUUGUGAUUUAUGUGAUAAGCCCUUUAGAAAGUCAAGUAACCUUUUAACACACCGACGUACGCAUACUGGAGAAAAAAACUGCAUCUGCAAUAUCUGUGGUAAAUCAUUUGGUGUGAUGGGCAAUUUGAAGAGACAUUUGAUGUCACAUUCAGGAGAAUAUCCAUAUACGUGUAAUGUUUGCAAUAGACAGUUUAAGCAGAAAGAACAUUUGAAGAGGCAUGGGCGUAUCCAUACAGGAGAGAGACCUCAUAAGUGCCGCAUUUGUGGAAAGUGUUUCAAGCAAUCAGGCUCAUUGCAAAAACAUAAAGUUGUACAUACAGGAGAAAAGCCACACAAAUGUGAAAUAUGUGGUAAAACUUUUGGUCUUCUUGGCAAUUUGAAGCAGCAUACAUAUACACAUGCAAAGGAAAGAUGCUAUAGGUGUGACAUUUGUUUGAAAUCUUUUAGCAAGUCCACUACGCUGAAAAAGCAUUCAUGCAUUGCCCCAAGUGAAGGCAGGCGAUAUAAAUGUACCUUUUGUUGUAAAUACUUCUAUCGAUAUUGUCUUCUGAAACAACACCUUGCUAUCCAUACAGGAGUACGACGUUACAAGUGUAAUGUUUGUGGGAAAUCUUUUAUUGGAUCAGGUAAUUUGAAGAUACAUAUGUACGUACAUACUGGAGAAAAACCAUACAAAUGUGAAGUAUGUGGAAAAACUUUUAACCAGUCAAGCAGUAUGAGGCGACAUUUAAGAGUACAUAAUACAAUGUAAUGUGUGCACAUGGUACUGUCUUCUGUAUGUUUAGCAUAAGAUGCAUUUAGAUACAACGAUACAAAUUUUGUGCCACAUAAUUUCGGGUUGUAGAGAGGAGAUAAAAAUUCUGUAUAAGUGUACAUACUGGGGAGAACUUCACUGUGUAAAAGUGUAUGAUGUAUGUUUAAACUUAGUAUCAUGAGAUGGCAUAAAAUAACCUGUGCUGCAGGUUCGGACUCAUCGGCUUUCAGUACAAGCCCUCAGAAAUGCAAAUUUUGUAUAAGGCUGUUGAAAGUUAUUCUUGAAUGUGCAUAACCUAGUAUGUAUGAUAGUAUUACAGUAUGUGAAAGAUAUUGGCUGGAUAUUGCUACAAUGUUUAAAAGAUAUUGGCAUUAUUCUGGUGAUACAUAAAUUUGGAUUAAUGUUGGGAGAUGUAUUUCUGUUGUGCUAAUAUAUUAUCUAUUUAUCACAGGUACCACAUGGUGAUAUUCUUCAGCAUGUUAAAAAGAUAAUACAUAUUUGCAAAGAUAAUGUAAUGUCUCAAACUAUUUUGUCACAAUUAUGUAUUUAAAUCCAAAACUUUGUAUAAUGUAUGAAAAUAAAUUUUAUGUCAUAAUUUAUCUUUUGUAUUUUAUAUGCAGGGAACUGAGGCUUAAUGAGUCAGAUUAUAAAAUAGAGUAUUUACUGGCGAUAUUUUCAUUCUGCAAUGGAUUUGGUAUUUGGGGGGCUGUGUAUCGUGCUGUGUUGUGGUGGCACUUGUCUAUAUCCAUGUGAGCGAAUGUGUGUUUUCAGUGUUAUUUAAUAAGUCUAAAAAUUAUUGUAACUGCUUUUUCAGAGGAAAAAUGGUGGAUAAUGGCAGUAGUUUCAUCUCACUUUGAGUCUUUAUGUCUGCUAACAGUUUUUUUAUGUUGGAAAUAUUUUAUCUUUUAUGACACUUUGGAGCAUUUUCUUAUCAGUUUUGCAAACACUGUAACUAUUGUUACAUACUAUUUUCUGUAUUGUAAGACAAUG